AAUGCCUAUUCUCAGUUCUUUCUAGUUUCUACUCAUCGACGCUCAAAUUCCAUACUAUCCAUUAAUUUUUCACUUGCACGGAAACCUUUUUCUUUGGAUUUUGUUUUUCUUUCUUGAAUCUCUUGUUCGUUUUGGUGAAGAUUUGAGGAGCGAUUUUUGCUUCCGUUCGAAUUAUGGCUCUUCUCGGCUCGGCAAUUUCCAACGAGGUUGGAUUGCAGCUUCUCCUAUAUCCUCUCGGUUCCAAUGUUGUUGUUCGUACUGCUUGCUGCUCUGUAGGGGUUGUUUUACCCGUUUAUUCCACCUUCAAGGCGAUUGAGAAGAAAGAUCAAAAUGAGCAACAGAAGUGGCUUUUGUAUUGGGCAGCCUAUGGAUCUUUCAGCCUUGUUGAAGUGUUCUCAGACAAACUUCUUUCAUGGGUUCCAGUGUACUACCAUUUGAAGUUUGCAUUUCUUGUUUGGCUCCAGCUCCCAGCAACUGGUGGUGCAAAGAAAGUAUACACGAAGCACCUGCGUCCUUUCUUCCUUAGGCAUCAAGCAAAGGUGGAUCGAAUUUUGGGGUCUGUUUAUAAUGAAAUGGGGAAAACAAUCAGUGCUCAUCAAGCAGAGAUUCAAUAUCUACGAACCAUGAUUAUGAGAAUAAUGGGAUCAGACGAGCAAUCAUCAAGGAUUGGGCCAGCCAGACCAAAUCAGGCUGGAAGUAACCUACAAAUUGAAGAUCAGACAAGACUAGACUCCGAUACAGAAUCGGAUAUUGACGAUUGACUUCCCUCCUAAAAUUCCCAUUCACUGGUGUACAUUAUUAGAAUAUCAGCCCCUGUUUCCCUGGGAAGUAUCUAUAGGUAUCCGCUUAUAAUGAGUGCCUUCUUUCGUUUUUUCUUUGCAUCAGUAAUCAACGAACAGUGUAUAUCCUUCACAAUAUUCUUUUUACUCCGCAUUGACAUUUGAUAGAAGAAGUAUUUGUAAUCUUAUGCACCAUUAUGCUUCCGAGGUGCAGUGAACCACCGAGCGAGUUGAAAGUUUCUUUUAUAAUGUUACAGUUGAUAGAGGUCAA